CGGGUUUUUAGACGAUCACGAACGUUCCGCCGGUGCGUGUUUCCGACGCUGGUAAGAAAUUUUCCGACCAAAACGUGCACACACAUUUCGUGCAGGCGAGGUUUGUGUCUUGCGUUAGAACUUUUAGUGAUUUUGUGGUUGCGGCUAUUGAUGCAAUUUUGCUAGUUAAACACAAGUGUAGAGUGUGUGAAGUGUUUUUUUUAUAUCUAAUGUUGUGUUCCGAAUGAAACGCCUCACGGUGAGCGUGAUCUUGAUCUUGUGACGAGAAGUGAUGCCACAAAGGCGACGGUUUGGUGCAGUAGAAAUGGCUUAAAUAGACAACCGCAUCAACGAGAACAGGAGCCACGAUCAACCACGGUUUGUCGGCGGGUCAACUAAAUCGAGUGCACGAUCUGUUGAGGAGGCGACUAUCGGACUCAUUCGGUCAAGGACUUUAGAGGUCCAACGACACGGUCCGCGAUGAAGGAGAAGAGCAAAAAUGCCGCCCGGUCCAGGCGGGAAAAGGAGAACGCCGAGUUCCUGGAGCUGGCGAAGCUGCUGCCACUGCCGAGCGCGAUCACGUCACAGCUGGACAAGGCGUCGAUCAUACGGCUGACGACGUCGUACCUGAAGAUGCGCGCCGUAUUCCCGGAAGGUCUCGGCGAUGCGUGGGGCACUCAGCACAUCCCGAACAAUCCGCGCGAUCUCGCAAUCAAGGAGCUCGGAUCGCACCUGCUGCAAACACUGGACGGGUUCAUCUUUGUCGUCGCACCGGACGGCAAGAUCAUGUACAUUUCCGAGACGGCCUCGGUCCAUCUCGGGCUCAGCCAGGUCGAGCUGACCGGCAACUCGAUCUACGAGUACAUCCACAACUACGACCAGGACGAGAUGACGUCCGUGCUGUCGCUACAGCCGAACAUGUACGUCGGGCCGCCGGCCGGUGGCAACGGUACGGAACCGUCCCCCGGUACCGGUCCGCUCCUCGCCUCGACACCCUCGCACUCCUCGCUAGCAGCGGAUGCGGGCGGACCGACGGGCACCACCGAUUCACCCAUCUCGCCGUUUGCCAGCCUGCUGCACCACCAACACCACCAUCACCAUCCGGGCGGUGGCGAAUCACCCCCGCAAAGUCUCACUUCGUCCGGUGGCUCGAUCGGUACCACGCUCGGCGGACCGCUCGGUCAGUCGCCCAACGAUAUGCAAGCGGGAAUGCACCACCACCAGCAGCAGCAGCAGCAGCAGCAUAUGGGCGGCAACGGUGGACAUUCGCCGCUCGGAGCGGUGUACGGGAGUGGUCCGGGCGGGUACGGCGGUAUGCCGCAGCCGCCGCACCACCACCACAAUCACCAUCACGGCCACUAUCACCAUCAUCACCAUCACAGCUACGGUCAGCACCAGACGAUCGAGAUCGAGCGGACGUUCUUCCUCCGGAUGAAGUGUGUGCUGGCGAAGCGAAACGCAGGCCUCACGACCAGCGGCUACAAGGUAAUACACUGUUCCGGCUAUCUGAAGGCCCGCAUCUACCCAGGGGACGCGACGUACGGCGAAGGGCACAGCUGCAUCCAGAACCUGGGCCUGGUUGCGGUCGGCCACUCGCUACCCCCGUCCGCCAUCACCGAGAUCAAGCUCUACCAGAACAUGUUUAUGUUUCGCGCCAGCAUGGAUCUGAAGCUGAUUUUCCUGGACGCCAAAGUGGCCCAGCUGACGGGCUACGAGCCGCAGGAUUUGAUCGAGAAAACGCUCUACCAGUACGUCCACGCAGCGGACAUACUACACAUGCGCUACUCCCAUCAAGUGUUGAUGUACAAGGGCCAAGUGACGACCAAGUACUAUCGCUUUCUGACGAAGGGCGGUGGCUGGGCGUGGGUGCAAUCGUACGCCACGGUCGUGCACAACACGCGCUCCUCCCGUCCGCACUGCAUCGUCAGCGUGAACUAUGUGCUGAGCGACCAGGAGGCGCAGGAUCUGCUGCUGAAUGAGGUGCAGCAGCCGCAGCACAGUGCGCCCACCCAGCACCAACCGUCGCCGAGCGUCAAGCCGGAAGCUGGUGGUGGUGGGGGCGGCGGUGUUGCCGCCAGCAACAAGGAGCGUAGUCUGAGCGAACCGGCUACGGCGCUGGCCGCCACUAUGACGCCCGUUUCCGGGCUAGCGUCUGGUGUGCCCGCCCACAUGUCCCCGAUCGGUGGUACCGUGGUGGUGGGCGGCAACAAUGGAACGGCGCGGCGCGGUGCCUCAGUGCAGCCACCGCAUCAGGCCAGCAUGUCGUAUGGGUUGCUAGGGAAGGAACUGCAGCACCAGGACCAUCUACAGCAGCAGCAGCAGCAGCAGCAGCAACAUCAGCACAACACCUUCCUUCAGCUCGCCAACCUGGACGAUGAUGCAAGUCUCGGACCGAUACCGGGUGCCCCGUCCGCCUGUCUGGUGACGCAUCCCGGGUCCACGGGUCUGCCCCCGUCCACCGGGCAGGACGAGUACGAGCUGCAGAUGCAGUACGGGUCCGGCACGACCCACCAGCAGGAGCCGAACACGGGCAGCACCGGGUACUGCAUGAACGCGGCCCCAACCGGCGGCCUGCUGGAGGGCCACGGAGCUGGUCCACAUCCGGGGACGGACGGGAGCGACGCGUUUCUGGAGCCGUACUACGACCAGUUCUACGGAGGGUACGACUCCCGGCAGGAUCCCAUCUCGAUGCGACCGUAUUCGGCCAGCUCGAACAGCUGCAGCAGCUCGGAGGCGGAGGGUGUGCUCGGACAUCAGCAGCAGCAUCAUCAGCAACAUCAUCACCAGCAGCAGCAGCAACAUCACCAGCAGCAUCCGCUCCAGCAGCAGCCUCCGCCGCCCAGCUACGGCAGCAUGAGCAUGGCUGGGGCUGGCGUGUUGCGGCAGCACGUCACCACCGGCGACCUCGGAAACACUUACGGUGACCACCAUCAGCUCGACUUUGUACCGAGCAAUGGCCAUCAGCAGCAGCAGCAUCACCACCACCAACUCCAACAGCUCGACCAGCACACAGGUCACACGAACGGUGGCAACUCCAGCUUUUUGUACGACGCGUCGCCGGCAACGAUGGACGGCAGCACCAGCUCGGCCUCCCCGUUCGAUGGCAUCGCGCAACCGUUCGAGCUGCACCAUCUCCCGACCACCCACGGGCACUUCCGGCAGCAGCAACAUGCCGACCUGCAGCAGCAGCUCGGCGAGUCGCCGCUGGUAUCGUCGACGUCUUCGUCGUCGUCGUCCGCCCUGCUCGGUGGGUCGCCCGCACGCCGUCCAGCGCCCGAUCGCGACGAGUCGGUCGUCAGCGGGGCGGAACCGGGCGCCUCCAAGCAGCCGAAGCUGGCCAACCACCACCAGCAUCAGCACCAGCUGGCGAACGGCACAGUCAGCAGCAACGGGACGACCACCGGGAGUGCCAAUGCGCUGCAGGCGACAAACGGUGCUGCCAGCAGUAACCACCUGAGGGGCGCUGGUAAUGGCAGUAUCAUUAUCAGCACCACCGACACCAACCAGGGCGCCGAUACGAAUGGCGUCGUCACGGUCAGCAUUAAUCUGAACCAUCUGCACAGCAGCACCGGCGGCGUUAGCAGUAGCAGUGGCAGCACCAGCGGAGGUCCAUCAUCUAUCAGCAACAGCCAUCUACUUAGCACCAGCGCUAAUGAUCAUAAUGGUGCCAUUAACAACAACAACAAUAACAACAACAACAACACUAACAGUAAUAAUAAUAAUCUGCACAGUUUGGAGAAGAAGGGCGGCCCGGUGCCUAACCGCAACUCGCAGCCGGUGCGAAGUCAGCCGCCGCACUACACUGCCGACUCGCACUACGAUCUGCCGCACUACACGAGCGUCAUCGUCGAGUCGACGGCGAACGGGUCGACGGCCGCGCCCAACAAUGGCGCGAACAGUGUCACCGGCAAGCUCUCGUCCAACGAGUACAUCUCGCAGCAGCAGCCGUGCACGUAAGCAAGGCCAUUGACAGAGAAGGGAUUAUUGUAAUAAUAAGCCAAUACAGCCACCACACAAACCGAUCAAAGCGCGCGGUACAAUUCCAUUUUCCCGAGGCCACUUUAAUCAAAUUAUAAGUCGGUUGGGCGAAACCGAAAAAAAAAAAGAACAGGAGAUUACUACCGCUAAGGGUAAUUUAUGCGCGUGUGCUACUAACCUUUUUGGCGUGUAUAUUUGCUGUCGGUUUUUUCGGCACAUUGAAAGUAGGGCCCUACUCCUUCGUAGAGCAGCUAUAACUAAGGCACAUAUGGUGCCUUUUUAUUGCCACUCGCAGCUUCAUAUUGCGUGGCUAGAACUUUUAUCCCCCCGGUUCUGUCAGUGCGAUAGGCAAGUGUUUCGAUUAGGAUAUUGAGCGUUGCACAUCAGGGGCUAGUGUUGGGUAAAGCUGAAUUCAAGAUUCAUGGAUCUCAAUGAAUCUGUGAAAUCAGGUUGUUUAACCACUUUUACUAUCUCUUUGAUUUCGACUCCUCUCUCAACUCUUUCCGUAACCGUAUUUUUUCUUCUAAUUAUCUUUAAUUAUUCUUCUAAGUUUCAUUAAGUUUUGAUAGUCUCUACGCUCUACCUAUGUUUUUUUCUUUAAUUUUUUUUUUUUGCUAGGUCAAGACUAGUUUAGUUAGGCUUAGUUUUUCAUGAAUUAUUUUGUUUAUUUGUUAGGGUUUAUUUAGUUUUAAGUCUGCUUUAUUUAGCCUUGAUGGCGGAUAUGGAAUUCAUAAAUGAAAUGAAAUGAAAUGAAAUGAAAUGAUUCAAUGCAUCUGAAGCUCUGCUUGUUAAGAUUCCUGAUUCUCGAAAGAUUGAUAGAGAUUGAGUUAUCCUGUUGCUCUUCUUCUUGGCGUAACAACCUACGUGGUGAGACCAGCGUACACAAGCAUGCAAGACUUCAAGAACCAAGAUGUCACGCAGCCGGAUAGUCUGGUUUGCAACGGCGAGACCGACUGAAACCCGUGAAUUUGUACCUUGGGAUAGCGCAAAUUCAAUAUUUUUGAAAUUUUGUGCAUGUCUAGAGAUUCAUCAAUCCCUGCAGAUUUAUAAACAUUAAUGGAUUUAUGAAUCUUAUGGUUUCAUGAAUCCUUGGAGAUCCUUCCAUCUUUAGAGAAUCAUGCAUCCUUGAAGACUCUUGAAUCUUUAGAUUUUUUUUGAAUCUAUGGAGGUUCGAAUGAUUCAUGAAACCCAACACUAACCAGGGCACCAACCGCAUUCCCUCAGCGCAGCUAAUUAAUCGAGAUCACACACUCCCUCUGCCGAAGCCAAAAACACAUCGUGGGAACAUGGAGUAGGACAUCGUGGAGCUGCUGCUGUUCGUUACUUUACUAUUUAACUUUAUUUAUUGUAUGUCUUCUUUCACAUUUCCUCCAGUUUUUCAUUCAUUUUCCCAUCCACCGGGUUUGUAAUGCGUGUGUAACAGGGGAUGGAGGAGAGGGGAGGAGAGGUAAAAGGGGUGUCUGUUGUCUUUUUUCAUAAGUUGACGCUCUCUCACACACUCUCUUCCCAGGGAUUAUUUUUCCUAUGUCCGUGGGUUUUUAUGUUUCGGAGACGUGUGUGUGUGUGUUUGUGUAUAUGUGUGUGUCCGUUACGAUUCCAAAGGAAAGUUUUUUGGAAGUUUGAGCAGAAUUUGUGGCGUAACACACAUAUACCCACAUGCACACACACGCAUCGCGAACAGGAUUAGUGAACAUCACAGUUAAUCAAUUCAAUACAAUCAAUGAUACUUGUGAGGAGAGAGAAUGGGAGGGAGUGGAUGAGGAAGGGGUAGGCUACUUUCAUGUUAAACAUUACACAUGUUACUUUAAGAACUAUUAUUAGUAUUACUUAUGCACUCUACCAAUGGCUCCUAACAUCGUUAUUAAGUGAGGCGUGAUUUCUUCCACUCCUGCCGCACCACCAGAGGUUUUUUUUUGUAUGUGAGGGUGUUGUCUAGAUUUUGUUUCUGUUUUAUUAUUAUGAUUACUUCUGUUUUCUGGUAACUUGUGGUAAGUUGUGUGCUGUGUGCAUGUACGCCCCCAUCUUCAAUUCUUUCGUCCGUGCUACUGGAAGAUGAUAAAAUGCGCCAAUCUAUUCAUGUCUCGUGGAUAUUGUUCUGCUUUUUUUGGGCUUUUUCGACCAGUUGUCAAACCAGUCGGACGCCAGAAAGGAGUUCCAUGAGCCUUAGAAUAUCAUCAACCGAAGGAAAUGCUGCUGUAUCUAUAUUAGUAUACUUCUAGCUAAACCAUAUUGGGAUGUUUGUGAAAUCAUUUCAUAUUUCCUUUGUUUUUUUUUUUGCAAAAGUGUAUGUGGUAUAUAAAAAAGAAAACCCGGUCGCUCUAUUCUUCUAAUAAUUGAAUAAUCUCCUCGUUUCCUACACAGCAAUUUCGGCUCGGUGUGUGCGCGUGUGUGUGUUAGUGGUGAUUUACGAAUAUCCAAUGAUUUAUAGGCCGCGAAAAAUCAUUCAGAGUUUCUGGAUCGCUGUGCAAAUCCCAAUGUCUAAUUAAGGCUAUUGUGCUCGUUCACGCGUUUGUUGUUCUUUGGGGGCGCUGAAACAGCGUUAAACGAAGUUUCUACAACAUCCAAUGGAACAACUUCCAACUUCUAAUCCAAUGUGCGAGGAAGACUUGGAAGAGAUUAAUCUCCGCUUAACAAAACUGAGAGAAAGACUGAGAUACAUGAGAGUGCGGGAGACGUCGUGGUACACUAUUUUCAAUGUUUCUGUUCCUGUGUUGCCUCUCGUCCAUAACUCACACACACACAUUGAUUAUCAGGUUUCAUAUUUCUUCCAAUCUCGAACUUCAAUAACUUAAUACAAACAUUACACCGAUAAAACAAGCGCUAGUGUGCAGACUCCCAGUUCAAGAUUGGCCUCCCUAUCUUUUUAGCGUAUUUAUACACACACACACACACACACACACACACACACUCACAUUGAAGCAUCAUUUAAAGUUGGGUUUUGCCGUGGUUUGCACAUUAUGAGUAGUUCCUUCCCGUCAUCCCAUCCCGGAUUGGUAAUCGAUCGACCCCCGGUCUCGCUGCCUUCACUCCGUGACUGUUUCGCUGCACGUGGCAGCAGCGAAGAAAGUUCACAACAGCUACAAGAUCAGCUUCAGUUAACGUGCGUUUCUUAGAAAAAUAACAACGGCACACACAAACUAACCCUAUCCGACACACACACACACUUUGCCAAUCCGUUCCAAUAAGUAGUAGUUUAUGCGGCUCAAGAGUUGUCUACUAGUACACGUGUGCUUUUAUUUUUGUGUUUUUAGUCCUUUAUUUUCUUCGCUUUCCCAUUUCUACUAUGAUUGAUUUGGCAACAAUUUGGUGAGGAGGGGGGGGGGAGUGGAGAAUGCUACAAAGAGAUACCCAUAGUGCAGAGCACACCGGUCACGUGUGGCGUGAAAGGGGAAGGAAGGGCUUGCUUAUCUAGAAUUAUCGCGCCAAUAAGCAUUUAUAUAUUUAUUUUUUUUCAAUUUCAUAAAGCUUUUAUAUGUAUAUUUGCCGUGUGCUUUCUGACUUUCUUCCGCUUUGCUUUGCAUGUUUGCAGCUCCGUCCCGCCCGUUCUCCCCAGUAAUUGAUCGUUGUGCACUUUGCGUUUUUUUUUUGUUUCUUCUUCAUAUAAACCGUAUUAUUGUUUGAAGUUUUCUUUUUUGUACAAACCAAAAACCGGAAGCUACAUCGUGGGAGAGGAGACAUUAUAAUCGUUCUAAGUUUGUAGAAACACGUUCCAAACAAAAUUUAAACAAGUUUAAAUAAGAAAGCGAAUGACGUGUCAUAUCUAGCGACGUUGACAAACGCAAAACCAUGUAUAAGAAGAAAAAACAAAGAAACAUAGUUAAAAUUAAGGCAUAUCUUCAUAAGAAAAGAAAGAGAAAGAGCGAGUGAGAGCGGUCCUUAGAAGAAAAAAAAACGACCACAGUAGGUACGUGUACGAAGAACCUGCGCAAUGUUAAUGUUGAAUGAUGAAAACAAGCAAUAAAAUAAAUCAAUGUACAGACAUGAAGUGUGGUUUUGUAUAAUUGUAUUCUUUUUUUGCGAGAAAAGCAAAAUGAAGAAAAAAAUCAAUACAUUCUCUUGUGUAUAUAAACAACAAAAAAAAAACAAAAACGUUCGGAUGUUAAACUGUGCGGGUAUGUGGGAUGGCAUCCGAAGGAAAACACUUACAGCGAGGGGGAGGGAGGGGUAAAGCUAAAUGCAAAUUAAUUGUAACCUUUUUUUCAUUCCCUCUUCCAGUCACAGUACGUGCUUUCCCCACGGCAACGCCAGUGUGUGUGUGUGUGUAAUGAGUUAAACAUAAAACUAAAAAUGCCUUCCUAUCAGCCCUCCCCCAGCAAACUGUAUUGUUCUACACACAGGCACACACACAGACACACGGGCGCAAACUGCAAUUAAGCAAGUAAUCAGCUGCAACGAAUCGUUAGGUUAGGUUUGUUUUUUUUUUUUCAAGAUAUAAAUUAUAUUCUUCGCUUACGUGCUAGUGAAAUGAACGUUCAACAGUGAUUAUAAUUGUUUUGUUGACACACACAGUGAUGCCACUGAUUUUACCACUAUCGCUCGUCGGUUGCAAGGAAGGGAGGGAGAUGGAUGAAAGAGGGAAAGAAAGGAAGGGAGGGGGGGCUCGUAGCACCGACCAAAUGUAUAUGUUGCCGGGGGAAGGGGGGGGGGGGGAGAGGAAUACACUAUGUAAUAUGUAAUAAGUAUUUAGGAAUAUAACACGAAAUCGAUCGGCUCUUCUCUCUUUUUUGCUGCUGCAAACGAAACGGGGGGAGGGGGGGGCAGGUAAAGCCGUCCACCUUCUUCCCGCCGCCAUGCUGGAGACGCCGAAACCGAACUCAGGCACGCACGCUCCUCUCGCUUACCCUAUCCUACCCCUGCUCCCUGCUAGCGCACCGUCCUACGCUUCGCUAUCAUCCGCUUCUAUAUGGAUUUUUUUUUCAAUCGACGUUUUGCUUCACACUAAAUACUUUCGCGCCUUACAAUUGCUCGGUCGCGUAACAUAACCCUUUUCUAAAAAAAAAAAAGAAGUAAGUCCAAGUCCAACACAAACCAGGAGCAGUCACGAUCAUCACACACCAUCGCUCGCCUGUUUGCCACCCCUGUGUCCGAUUGGUGGAAGAAUGUAAAACUACACACAGUCUCAUUGGGGCGAAACAGCAAAACAAAAAAAUCAAACAACUAGCCUAGGAUGCGUUUCUUUUCCCCUUGUUCUCUUCCCAUUUUUUUCUUCCUUCAGUGUCCCCGUUUUUUUCUUCCUCGGCACUACUGUAACCGUGUGUCUUCUCGUUCUCAAAUCAGCCUUUCGUUUUCGCAUCAGUUAUUUUUUUGUUUGUUGUUGUUGUAUGCCAUGAACUAGGUUCCAAUAUAAAUAAGGUAGCAAAUUACACUCGGAAGCGUUAGCAAGAUAAAGAGAUAGAGAGAGAAAGAGAGAGUUAUUUGGGGGGGCGUAAUUAAAAAAAAAAACAAUCAAAUAAACAAAAAAGCAAAUCUAAACUGCAAAUACUGCAUACACUGCAAACAA